AUGGGUCGCAGAAAGAUCGAUAUCAAGCCCAUCAAGGAUGAAAGGAACCGCUCUGUCACCUUUCUGAAGAGGAAGGGAGGUCUGUUCAAGAAGGCUUAUGAACUCUCCGUGCUCUGCUCCGUCGACGUAGCCGUUGUCAUCUUUGGCAACAACAAGAAGCUGCACCAGUUCUCGUCGCGCGACAUGCGGGAGAUGCUCCAACGGUGGACCUUGCAUGGUGAGCCAAAUGAAUACAAGAUUCCGUCCGAUUUCAACGGUGGGAUCGAGGACGAGGACGAGGACGAUGACAACGGCACUCCCCCGCAAGGCGAGGGCAUGGAUGCUCAGAUGUUUCCGCCUCAGUUCCAGUCGCAGCCCCCGUUCCCCGUCAUCCGGCACCACACACCGUCAGCCUCACCCCCGAUCUCUAAUGGCGUCUUCGGGCCCCGAGGCCACACCCCGCAGCCCCAGAUGGGUUCCCGGCCGUCGUCACGAAACGACAUCCGCCGAAUGGGGCCGAACAUGGGCCAACCGGUUGGGCCACCGGGCUCGCAACCGGGCGGAGUGAACGGCUACGCAUACAUGCCACAGGCGGCCAUGUACAACGCCCAGAAUUCCCACAAUAUGCAGCCAAACCAUGCCCACGGCCUGCCACAACCGCACCAGCCGUUUCCCUACCCCCAGCAACAGCCGCACCCACACCAGAUGCAGCCAUACGUGGACGAACAGCGAAGGACAUCGGGACCUGCUUCCUUCCCUCACCACCCCCAACAGCAAGCUACGCAAGGGACCCGCCAUUCCGUGUCCCCCCCGCAACCUUCGCCAGCACAACUACCUCCGCAGCACAUGUCUCCGCCGCCGCAACCGCAAGCUCAUCCCGCUCAUCCUAUGCAUAGCCCGCCUCAACCUCAACAGCACCUACCGCCCCAAUCUCAACCUCAACAACAUCUGCCGCCGCCACCACCGCCGCCGCCGCCGCCCCAACCACAGGAGAUCCCUCACAUUUUUGUCCCGCCCCAAGAAUCGCAGCCACCUGCAUCCGGGGAGCCGAGACAGAGGCCUGAACUGGUAGAGAGAGCGCGGCAACCCCUACUCCUGGACACCAACAUCAAAAAGCAGGCGCCUCGAAAGGGUGGCAGUAUCUUCACGCCUAUUGAUGAGAAUCGCAUUUCGCGGCCGCAGUUGAAGUGCGGAUCCCAGACGAAUCGGACUGGUGGCAGCGCCACGAACGGGUCGGCCUCCCCGCACGGCACCAUGACGACAGCAACAGACGUCACGUCGCAGCCUUCGCGGCGGCCGGACUCGCACUCUUCCGGCGUCGUCCUGCCACCGCCUUCUCCGUCCGCCUCCACCACCCUACUCUCUGCAGGUGCCACGGGUCCACCUAAUCCCUUCGCCCGACCACCGCCCCACCAGUCCAACAACAUGAACAUUGAUACGCCCGUUUCAGCCUUGCCGUCCCGCUUCCUCGGAGAGGGCCUGCUCCCGAGCCCUAACGGCUUCUAUGCGGACUGGGGUAUCAAGGGGAACGAGCACAACACGCUGAGCCCGCUAACGUGGUCGACGCCUGUGGUCGGAACCGGACCCUCGUUUUUGAGGGAUGAUCUGGCCCCGCUAAAGCGCAAGAGCCCAGAUAUCAGCGUGAGUGGAGGACAUCAUGAUGCGCCGGCUGAGACGACGGGCGCAGAUGCGAAGAGGCUGAAGGUUGAGCACUGA